UUAGGCCUAAUUUCCAGUUCUUCUGUUUUUAUUUUACGAUUGUAAAUCUCGGCUAUAGCUUGUGAUUUGGUUCUAUAUUUUACGUAUAAUAGCGUAUUUAAAAUAAUAUUAAGACACAGAUCAUAUUCACAUUACGCAUUGAUUGCAUUAUAUUUGAAGCUCUGCUUUCCAGAACAGCAGGUGGCGAUCACGGCGAUGUGACGGAUAUCGAAGAAGGCGCGGACACGAAUUGACAGGCGUUUGCAAUUUUAUAAAGCUUGUGCUUGCUGGAUAAAGAAAACAACAAUAAUGUCAGGUGUGUUAGCAAGGAUUCUCUUUUACCCCACACUGGCAUACAAUGUUGUUUUGGGGAAAAUCUCAUCGAGACGAUGGUUCAAUCGCGUAGAUCAAACAGUCAUACUUGGGGCUCUUCCGUUCAGAUCAAUGACAGAUGAGUUAGUUCAAUCUGAAAAUGUUCGAGGGGUGAUAACCAUGAACGAAGAAUAUGAGACCAAAUAUUUUUGUAAUUCAGUGGAGGAGUGGAAAAAUGCAGGUGUUGAGCAGAUCAGACUCAGCACAGUGGAUCUGACAGGAGUUCCUAGUCUGGAACACAUCCACAAAGGUGUAGAGUUUGCCCUUAAACAUCGUGAGCAAGGAAAUAGCGUCUACAUCCACUGCAAAGCAGGCCGUUCACGUAGUGCUACAUUGGCUGCUGCAUACCUCAUCAGGAUACAUUGCUGGAGCCCAGAGAAAGCCUGCAACAUGUUAGCAGCCAUACGGCCCCAUGUGUUGAUCCGCUCUGCACAACUUGACAUGCUCCACAAGUACCACCAGAAAGUCUGUGGAUCAGAGCCAGAUUGUGUAUGAUGUAUCAUGUAUUAUGUAUGCAUGUUAAUCAAUUAUUUUCCUGAAGAAUGCAGAAAGUGCAGCAGAAUGUAUGAAUGCAUGUUAUUUUGUUAACUUUGCACAGAAAUGCAAAACAUACAAUGUACAGGAACACUUUUUUAAAUAAAUAAACUAAGAUGUUGUUACA